AUGGCACACUCAAUAUCUGAUCAACAAGCUAGUCCGGCAGCACCUACACAUCAGCCCCACCCAGGUAACGCCGCAACACCUCCACCAGCAUUGACUUUCCCGAUAGCAUCAUCAUCUUCGACGGCAUUACCGCCAGACCUCGAAAACCAACCUACUUCACCAAUUUUCCACACCAGUCUCGAGCACUCCCACUCAUCAAAGUUUGCGUCCAAGCUCGACCAUACACAUUCAGACCAUAGUACGCACAGCCUUCAUCGCAACUCGCACCGCAGUCACCACAGCCACGUCCAGGUCCACCAUGACGACGCCACUGCAGCUGAACCUACACCGGAGAGCGCUACUGAGCACAAGGUCGAGUUGCAAGACCAGACCAACUUCCUUCCCAAAAACCAAGUCAUUGUCGCCUUUGCCGGUCUCUCGGCUGCUUUGCUCGUCGCUCUUCUCGACCAAUCCAUCAUCAGUACUGCCCUCCCCACCAUCACUGCUUCCUUUCACGCAGGCAACAAUGCUUCUUGGCUCUCAACCUCCUAUCUCUUGACCUCCACCGCUUCCAGUCCUCUUUACGGCAGAUUCAGCGACAUUUUUGGCAGGAAAACGUGCAUCAUCUUUGCUCUUACCGGCUUCCUCAUCGGCAGUGCUCUUUGCGCUGCAGCACAGUCGGUCACUCAGCUCAUUGUCUUUCGUGCCCUCGCUGGUGCUUUUGGAGGUGGUAUAGUUUCCUUAGUCAUGGUCGUUGUUGGUGAUGUCGUUUCCCUUCGCGAGCGUGGAACUUAUCAAGGUCUACUGGGUGUUGUCGUCGCUUUGGCCAACUCGGGUGGUCCUCUUAUCGGUGGUGCCUUGGCUACUGUCGGCUGGCGCUGGUGCUUCAUCAUCUCUGUCCCCAUCAUCAUUGUGGCUCUCGUCAGCGUCAUCAUCUUGCUUCCACUCAAGAAAGUCGAAGGCAGUGUCAAGAGUAAGCUUGCCAAGAUCGACUACCUUGGAACUGCCCUCGUCCUCGCCGGCACCGUCUUGCUGCUUCUCGGUCUCAACUGGGGUGGUCAGCAGUAUCCUUGGUCCAGCCCUCACGUCCUUGUUUCCUUGAUCCUAGGAGGCCUCAUCUUCCUUGUCUUUGCCAUUGUCGAGGCUCGCUUUGCAACUUUGCCUCUGGUGCCCAUGCGACUCUUCAAGAUCGGCACUGUCUGCAGUGUUCUAGUGCAAACCAUGUGCUCCGGUGGCAUCUUCUUCUUGCUCCUCUUCUUUGUACCGCAGUUCACGCAGGUGGUCAAAGGCUAUUCGGGAGUUAAAGCCGGUGUCACUCUCAUCCCACUCAUGGCCCUCCAGGCUCUCACAUCGACCAUCGCCGGUAUCAUCGUCUCCAAGACGGGCAAGUACAAGAUCAUCAUCGUCCUCGGCUUUGGUAUCUUUUCCAUCGGCGUGGGUCUACUCAGCCUCCUUAAUGAACACUCCAACAUUGGAAUGAUCAUCGGCUUCCUCCUUCUUUCCGGAUUUGGCGCAGGUGGUACACUGCAAGUCACCCUUGUAGCCGCACAAAACGCUGUUGAGCGUCGCGAUAUUGCCGUCCUCACCUCGACACGCAACUUCAUACGUCUCUUCGGAGGCACCCUCUGCCUCGCCAUCAGCUACACCAUCCUCAACAACUCGGUGCGUAACCAAGUCAAAAACUUACCCUCCCAAGUCAUCGCCCAAGUGGUACGCAAUCCCAAACUCAUCACCAAUGGCGAAUUUGAUGCUGCCACAUCAGCUCAACUUCUUCAGGCAUACGUGCAUGCUUUCCGUAACGUCUUCCGUUUCGGUCUCGGCUUGACACUGCUAGCAUUCCUCGUCACAACACUCUUCACCAAAGAGUUCAGCUUGGAUAGAAACGAUGACCAGAAGAGGAAAGAAGAGGGCAAACAGUGGUAUGCGGAAAAGAAAGGGAGGAAAAAUGCAAAGAGGCAUGCUGAGGAUCACAGCGUUCAGCCCAGCAGACGGGCGUCUGUUGAACAUCAAGCUCAGCUCAACCAGCAACAGAAGCAGAAUGAGCGAGACUUGGAGAAGGGAACCCCAACAACUACCUCAGAAUCUCCUUAG